GUUUGUGUAUACUAAAAUCUGUUAGUUGUUGGCAGCGCAGUAAUUCAAAUUGCUUUCUGAGGUGUUUUCGAUGUUCAGAUUGAGGCAUGCUGCGGGAUAUAUUAUAUAAGGGAAAGGAAUUAGCUGACAAAGUAACGAAUAUAAUGAUGAAUUACACGGAGGCGGAAAUGAAGGUUCGAGAAGCAACUAAUGAUGAUAUGUGUUGUCCAAGUGGUCGUCUUUUACAAAAGUUGGCAGAUUAUACGUAUACCUAUGAAACAUGCUUGGAAGUCAUGUCAACUUUAUGGAAAAGAAUGCAUCCUGAAGAUAGACUGAGUUGGCGGAGGGUUUAUAAGUCUUUGGUUGUCCUUACCUUUCUUUUGAAAAAUGGUUCUGAUUAUGUGUUACAAAGUGCUCAAGAUCAUAUAUACGACAUUCGUACACUCGAAUCUUUUCGGUAUUUUGAUGAGAAUGGAAAGGAUCAAGGAAUGAAUGGUAAGCGAUUGUUCAGUACUCCAUAACGCGUUUAUGUAUUAUCAGAUUUUUAUAACUUGCAGAAGGAACUCUAAAUAUGAGUAAAGCACAAUCAAGCUGUUAAAACUGGUGAAUGAUACGACUUAUCGUGUAUUUAGUAUUUGUUAGUCACGAAUGUUACUGUUAAUUCGUAUGUCCUUAUGCUACCUUCGCAUCAGAGUUCAAGAAGUAAUCGACCUCAUACAAGACUCAGAAAAGUUACAGCAAGAACGUCAAAAGGCCAAGGCUAGUCGACACAUUUACACAGGUUAUGGAAAUACCAAUGAUUUAGAUUGGGGUUAUUCUUCAUAUAAGAAUGGUGGAGAUUACGGUCAAAGAUCUGAUUCACUUGAUGACUAUGAUAAAGAAACUUACGCAUCCAAAAACUUUACAUUUCAAUUGCGUGCCAAAUCUAGAGUGACAAUAUCCGAACAUAAAUCAGACCUACCCCCGCCUAGGUUGGGUAAUUUUGAUGAUUGGCAUGUGGGUAAAGAACGUGGUGUAAUGGACGAUGUUUUAGAGCAGUUCAAAGAAGCGUGGGAUUUGGCCAAAGAAUCUACUAAGGAUUUAAUUUUCUCCAAAAAUCCUCAAGAUAAUAGAUCAAAUGAGUUCAAUCCACGUAUGGUUUCUGAAGAAGUUUACGAGUUCCCAUCAAAUGCUGUUGAAUCCAGUGGAACAUAUGAAGCGAAAACCCAGUCAUCCUAUGGGGAUUAUUAUGCACAGAAUGAAUUUUCAUCGAAAAAAAUUUCAAGAUCCACUAAAUGUAAUAGUGUUGAUAGUCGAGUUAAUAAUAAUAAUAAUGGCGACACACAUGCAUCACAAUCUAAUGAAAAAUCUCUGCGCCAAGUUAUUGUGACACCUAGAAAUCAAAGUACUGAAAAGAAAGACAACAUAAAGCCAAGACCACCAUCCUGUGAUUUGUUAGAUUCAUUUGAUAGUGGUAAUAGUAUCAUUAAAUCAGAUCAAAUGAUAGAUCUGUUUGAUGCAAUAUGCAGUUCACCAACAUCAACUACAACUGAUGUACACUCUCAGCGGCAACAGCCAGCGCAAAUGGGAUUCGAAAUUAAUUGGCCUAGGGAUGUAUUAACACCAUCAGGCGUAUCUUUAAAUACUAAUUCAAUUCAAAAUCAUGCUACUGCACCAUGUCAAAACCCUGAUAAUUUGUUAGAUAAUGAGUUUGGUGAUUUCACUUCAGCACCAUCUGUACAGUUUCCUGCGAAUACUGGUCCAACAGUUUCAUCCCUCGAUGGUAUCUUUUUUUCCAACUUUUCAAAUACUGAGGCUUAUCCAUCCAAUCAAAAUUCUCAUCAAAACAUGCAAGCUGAGGAAUUCAAACAACACGUGGUUCAAUCCAAUCCAAUUUCACCAUCCAAAUCUAAACCGCUAAACAUUGGCAAUACAUGGAAAGAGUUAGGAUCAUUAAGUAUUGAUUUAGAUUCAUUAGCGAAACCGGAAAAAUACGGUGCGCGAACACAAGCACCAAGUCUACACCAAUUAAAACAAAAUCAACAGCGUGUUCAAUAAUAGAUGGUUUUAGAUGUGUACCGUUUUUCUUGCUGAUUGUUUAAAAAGAAAAAUAAUAGAUAUAACUGAUAGAAAAUCAUUUAACCACAUUUUGGAAACGAGAUUAUUUUUUAUCCUAAUACUUACGUCUGCGAUGACCAAUGGUAUUGAUGUGAGUAAUGAUGAUAUUUCAUAAAUGUAUUUCAGCUCAAUAAAUUGCUCUGCUCUUUCCUUAUUUCGUUGGUUUUUAUUCCACAUACAUUGUUCUUAUUAAUUGACUUAUCUUGGAAUGAAAUAGAAUCUAGUUCACUUAAUUCCGUUAUUUAUUUAUGUGGUUUCAUAAAUUGUGUUUGUUUUAUGUAUAAUUGUGUGUCUGUAUCUAUAUGUAUGAGUGAUGAUCUUGAAUGUACUUGUACGUCAUAUUUGUCUACUUUUCUGUAUGUACAGGGAUUUCUUUUUCUAAGAAAAUAAAUAUUUGUCUUUCAAAUAGUAUUUUCUCAUCAGAACUUAUUUACACUUGAAAAUUCUAAUUCCAUUUAAUGUAAUUGAUUAUUUAAACAGUAAUUACAUUUUACCCCAUUUUAUUUUUACCGUUAUCAUUAUUUCUUAAUUUUUAGUUCAAGCUUCUGUGAUUAUGCAACAGUGAAUGCUAAACGUUUAUUCUUUGUUAAUCUAUUUUCAAAUGUUGCAUAUGAAUACAUGUAUUCGUGAAUAUAUUUAUAGGAAAACGGUUAAAAAAUAAUUUAAUCAUAGGAUAAAUAUUAUUUAAAUACAAUAAUGUGCCUUAUUUAAUUUACUUGUUUACUUGACUUGUCUUCGACUUAUUUUCAACAUAUCUAACUUAUGUUUAUAUUCAAUUAUGAUUUGAUUGAUACUUAUCUAUCAUUACUUGUUGUUUUGUUAUAAAAACGACAUUGUCUAUGUUAUGCUGUGAUUAAUUUGUAUAAUUCGUUUACAUACAGCCACACACACAUAAUGGGUUAUCAAAAUGUUUAUUGUUUUUGCUAUAUUAGUUUGUUUUAACUGAUCCUUUGUAAAAGUAAAAGAAAUAAUAAAUAUUAUUUAGUAAUUGUUAUGUUUAGACCCAUUUAGAAAUUUGAAUAUGCGUGAUAAAUUCAUUUAGGUCUUCUGCCUGUAAAUUGUGGAAAGGCCUCCAUAAAUCUGAGCGACCGAACUGAUUCGUAAGUUGAUGGAUGAGAUUUCUCAUUUUUACCGUCCAUGUAGGCCAUCAUGGAUGAUGUCGAUCCUUUUAUGUCACUUGUUUUGUGAUUUUGCUGGUGUUGCUGUCAUUUCAAUCCCCAAUAAUUGUGUUAUAUACAAAGCACCUAAUGUAGACA